AAUGCAAUAAUGCAUAGCAACGCGUAAAAUAUGGCGGAUGUUGUCAUUUUUGGAUUUGGUUAAUUAAAAUUUUGAUUUAAAUACAGCAACUUUUAGUCUUAUUUUGAUUGAAAUUCCCAAUAAAUACAUUUCAAAUUAACAAGCCCAAGUGGCUAAAUAUUCAAAUCACAAAGGUUUGGUAAAUUAAGCGAAAAUGGCGGCAACACAGACAAUGCAAACAGAAAAGUUUGCAUCUUCUGCUAAUAUUAUGGAAAACAAGCCAACAGUUCCAGUUGUGACACAUGUCAUCACUGAUGAAGACAUUGGAGCGUUACAGGGAUCCAAACUGGUUGCAAUGAACCUAAACAGAGUAGUGAAGUUGCUGACAGAUCCACAUUCUUCCAUGUUAUACGAUAGACAUGUGAAUGCAUUACAGAGGCUGCUUAGACACUAUCCGAAAGGAUUUCCUAUGAAAGAUUUAGUACAGGUAUUCAAGAUUCUGAAUGUAUGUGCAGAUCGUGUAAAUGAACAGCCAAGAUAUGAACAGUUCAUAGUUGAUAUACUUAAAAUCUGUAGCUUACCAUUCUUGAAGGAGAAAUCUUCAGAUGAACUGAUUUAUGAACAGAUUGUUGUCGAAUCAAUUUCCCAACUUGGUUACUUGAUGAGAGUGGCGUCUGUAGAAGUUCGGAAGCAGAUCUGUGACACACUGCUGGCUUUUUUUUCAGAAACACCAGCUAACCAGGAAGUUCAAUAUCACAAAGCCUCCACCCUACAGUACAACCAGAAAGUUGUGGAGAAUAGUGAUAUAUCGGAGACUCUGGUUAAAUCUCUAACAUUACUGGAAACAGACCUGCCUGUCAAACUUGCUGUCCUUAAUGUUCUACAAAAAUUCUCAAAAACGUCAGCAAAGAUAUGUGAGGCGAUGCUGCGCGCAGAUGCAGCACACCGAAUAUGUUCCCGUCUGAUGGAUGUUGAUCCAUCGGGACAGUUGCUGUUCCGGUCGUCAGAGAUUCUAUGGAACUUGUUAGAGAAAGGCGAUCAAGCUACAUUGGCCUCACAGUUAAACAACCUUACUUGUGUCAGUCAACUGCGUGAUGCAUUUAUCUACCAGCUAACACAGGGAUACAGCCACUAUGACCGUCAGUUGAGGAACGAUUUACUAGUGCUUGCUACAAUCAUAGCCUCCAAAUGUCCCGAGGCCCCCUUCGUGGAGACAGGAUUUGCCAAACAAUUAGUCUUAUUUGCUACAUUCCAAGAAGUAAAAAGUCACAAUGCCUUAGUGAAACAUUUGAAGCUGAUGCAAAAACUGACGAAUUUGAAUUGAAGAAAUGUGUUUGAUGGUCAUGUAACCUUGAGUAAGAAAUCCAACAGUUUAACUAUUUUAUCAGAAGGUCAUCUGAUGUUGGCUCUGUUCUCAUUUGUAAGAGCCAAUGAGAGUCAGUCAGGCCCUCGGGAAUGGACGCCCGCACAGUUUGAGGAACUGCAACUUCAAGCGAUGUCAUGCCUGUGCGCGCUGUGUCCCAAAAUGCUAGAGGAUUAUAUGACUGUACAGGGCAGUACCAGAAUUUUGCUGUUGUUGGAGUGGUGUGUCGGACCAGAGGAUUUUGGUGGCCAUGGUAAUAGUAUACAUGGUGUUGGUGGGCGUGGCAACAAGCGAGCACAGAUGCGAUAUUGUCUCCGUGUAUUGCGCAGUGUUGUAUCUACAGGAGAUGAGCUGGCAUUGCAGGAUCUAGCUGAUCAGGGAGCCAUUAAUCAGAUCAUAACCAUUUUGACAAAUGCUAUAAAUAGUAACACAGAAGAUGAUUCAAUUGAUGUUGAAAUGCAGUCAGAUAUGAUGAUGAUAUUGUCCUGCCUUUGUGAUGGUGACAUGCACAGAAAGGAAUUAUUUGGAGAGGUAGGCGUCAAUGUGUGUGUACAUUAUUUGAAAACAAAUCCAAAAUUAAACAACAGUGGUCUCGGACAUCACCGGCUGCUGCUCACUGCCAUUGAUUGUGUCUGGUGUGCUAUUGUUGGUUGCUAUGCAACAGAAGAUUAUUUCCUGGAGAAGGAAGGAGUAUUCCUGCUGAUUGACCUCCUACAGCAAUGUCCAAAAGGAAUGGAUAACCUGAUUUUGGGUUGCCUGCUAGACCUGUGUGAAAACCCAAAGACUGUGCAUCAUGUGCUGACAUGGAGAGGUCUAGAUAAUUCAUCAGCAGCUCACCUGUUCUGUGAAAUAUGGAGAAAUGAAGAAAGGGAGAUUGGUGUAAAACGAGAUCAAAAUGGCGCCAUUUCUGAUGUGAAAAGACCAUUGAUGGGUAAAUUACAAGAGGGCCAAGGAGUCAUUCCUCUACCUGCUAACUGCAUGUCUCAAGCUAUAGUAGAUGUUUCAGAAAACAUGAGGGCCAAAAUUUACUCUCUCUAUUGUAAAAUAGGAUUCACAGACCUUCCCGGAUUGACAGUGGAAGAUCACAUUACUUUGACUGUUAUUGAAAAAUACCUUGACUUUAAGAUGGGUGAAGUUUGGACAGAGAUUUUGUCUGAGUUAGACCAGGAGAAGGUGAGACCGACCACACCCGACAUGGAAGCGGUAGAAGCUAUAUCACGUGCGAUAGAGAAUCGUGCAGAGAUUGUGGCUGGAACUCAGCAGGAACUCCUGGAGGCCCAGCAGAGUCAAGAUGUGCUCAAUGAACAAGAGUUUUAUGCUGAGAUUAGAGAGAACUACAGACAGAAAGAAAAACAACUGAAUGACUUCUCUGAUUUUGUUGCCAGAACAUCGAAUUAUGAACUUUUGAAGGCUGCAAAAGAAAGACAAGAAUAUUCAGUAGAGGCCUCAAGGAUACCAAAUGAAUACAAAUCAUCUGAUUUCUUCCAUGAAACUGAUCUGGCUAACCUGAAAACAACAGUAUUUAGCAGUAGAAAUGUAUCCAUUGACAGUACACCUAUUGAACUGACUGGUGGACCUCUAUCUAAAUAUGAUCCAUUGACAGGAACGAAAAAGGUCCGCAAAGUCACAAAACAACCUGCAUAGACUACUGUGGUAUUCAUAGCUUGUGACCAGUGAAAAAACUGAAUAAGUGAACAAAAUUAUAUGAAUGGCUGCAAGGUGUACAAACAUGCUACCAUGAAUGUGGAAUCUGUUUUUUAUUAGGGAAAUACAUUUAUAAUUAACUAUAAUUUAAAGUUGGAUUUCUUUCAUGUAGAACUUUGCAGAUUUCGCUUAACACUUGAAGUUUGAAGGCGUGUUGUCAAGGGUUUUUCUGAUGUAACAGGACAUUUGAUGAGGAUAUAUAUUUCUGAAUAAAAAUAUGAUAAAAUAGUAGAGGAUAUAUUUGAACAACUCAAGCUGCUGUUUUGUUUACAUUUUUAAGUUUCUGUGAUUUCCUUUGAAAAUACUGUGAUUUAUUGUUUAUCUUACAGUUAUACAUGUACCAUAUACAAAAUAUAGUAUAUAUAUUUUUUUCAUUUGCAAUCUUUACAGAAAAACUAAUGUUUUGAUUCUGAAAAAAAGACUUUUGUUAAAGUUUCUGUUUAUUAUAGAUGUAAGUAAAAGAAUUAACAUUGAAAUGGAUUAUAUUUUCAUAGGCAAACUACAUUUCUGAUGUGCAGCUGAAUGUGUAUGGACUUAACUGAUAUUUUCAUAGAUGUAAAAAGACAAGAAUAUAUGUAAAUCGUAUAACAUAUACUGUUGCCAAAUACACAAAGCAUCUGUAAGAUGUUGUGUCAUAGUAAAGAAAUAACAUAAAACAUCUUCAGAAAAUACUAUGUCACAAAACAUUGUAAAUAUGAAAUAUAGCUUUUAUAUUCUUAAAAUUCACCCGAGCCAUAGUUGGAAAACAAGUACAAACAGAGGGAAUUAACACUGAAGGUGUUAUAUGUUAUCACUUAACAUGUCAACAUUUAAAAAAUGAGUAUGUGAUUUAUAGGCAUAUAGAUGAAUUCAGCAAAGUUUUUAAUUCAGUCUUUAUAUCACUGUUGUCAGGAAAUUGAACGAAGCUGUUCUCGAAUUUUCCCUCAUUAGUUUACUUACAAGAAAGAUGGUUACAGUUCAGUCAAAGUUCACUUUUUCAGUGUCCGAUGAACAUUAAUGAGUUAUUCGUUUUUAACUCGUAGUUGAAAAUUGUAAUGUUUUGUUUUGUAAUGUUUUUACAUUUUGAUUUGUAUGCUAUAUUUUCAUCAUUGUCUAUCUCAACAAUAAACCUUGAUACAUUGUGUUUAAAAUGCUGUAUGUUUAUUGCAAAAGGUACUUAACAAUGUGAUGUUAUAUAUUAAACAUUCCGUCCAUUACAGAA